AUGAUGCGUGCGCAGCUGCAUGUCAUCCUCAACCCGGUUUCGGGAGGCCAGCAGGCCGAGUCGAUUCUUAGCUCGGCAGUGGACCCCCUUCUGAAGCGUCAAGAACCCAAAAUCGAAUACCAGAUACGCCGCACAGCAAGGCCGGGGCACGCCUCUGACAUCACGUACGACCUCCUCCAGUCUGCUGAACGCACGGAUGGCUUGUCUCUUAGGAUCGCCUUGCUGGGGGGAGACGGCACGACUCAUGAAGUGCUCAACGGAAUCAACCGUUUCCACAAAGCAAGAUCACAAGAGCUACCUCAGAUCGAAUUGGCAGUGGUACCUACGGGCACGGCAAACGCACUCUUUGCCGGCUUGUAUCCACCGCAUGUGCAGCCAGCAUCAAACGGUACCACCAGCUGUGACACAGAACACGGCUGGCGCCUGCGGUCGCUCAAAGCCCUCCUGUCAUCGUUGUGUCACAGCUUUCCGUCUUCAAGCCCAUCAGCAGCAACAUCGGUACCACUGACGCUCGCCAAGGCGUCCAUUUCCUCAGCAGACGAAACAUCCGCGGCGAAAGAGCUCGUCUCGCACCUCGUAACCUCACACGCGUUCCAUGCGUCCAUCCUGCUCGACUCAGACUCGGCCGACCUGCGCGCCAAGUAUCCAGGUGUGGAGCGCUUCAAAGUUGCGGCUGGUAUGAACGCCACUCGCUGGACGAAUUAUCCGCUUGCCUCGGCUAUACUGAGUACAGCAGAGACUCGCUCACAGCAAUCAGGGACCGUACGACUUUUGCCUUACCAGAAGGACGACCAUGGUGGCGAGGUCAGCGUCGAGAAAUACGACGCGCGGAGUCGAAGCUGGCGCUCCGAAUCACUACAAGAACCAGCCGAUCAUGUACAGAUCGAAGGUCCUUUCUUCUAUUUUGCAGCCUUGACAACUGACAGACUCGAGCCGGCUUUUGUACCUGGUCCCUUCUCUGCCGCAAAGUCUACCGCUGCUUUCAGGUGCCCAAGCCAAGACGAGUGGCAAGCCAUUCGCUGCGGCCUCUCACGCCCUUCCAAUGCUCUAGACGUUGUGAUCAUACGCCCAGCGCGCGAUCCAGCGGUGCAAGCAGCCAUCAAGUCGCUCAAGAGCCUGUCUUCAGGCCCGAUCGACUGGUCCUCCCCUUCCGAGGCUUUCGACAUAAAGCAGCGCUUCGCCGCGAUGCGCUUGAGUCCGAUAAUGGCGGCUAUGUAUGACGAAGGCAAGCACAUUCAGCUGACAUAUCCUCUCCCAGAUGAUGCGGCUGCCGAAUUGGCGACGGAUGGCCAGGGCGAGUAUGUUGUCGAAUACUAUCGAACUGGCGGAUACAUCUGGUUGGCUGGAAAUGAGGGCGAAGGGGAGGAGCGCGCACGUGUAGCUUGUAUAGACGGAGCGAUCGUCAAGGGCGAUCGCACUGAGGUACGUGUCGUGCAGAACUUGACGAAACAUGUGCGAGUCUGGCGGUGA